UUUUACGGCAGCGCGGAGGCUUUACGGCUCGGUUGCGCUCCUCAAACAUGUCCUCUGUCUCCCGGGCUGAUGAGUCAGAGACAGGCCGGGAUGGAGCUCUCCCCGCCGCCUGAAGCUGCUCUCUAACCCGCUGUUACCUCCGAGGAGCGGCCGGAGCGGGAAACAGAAACAACCCGCCUUUUUUUUUCUUUUGUAGUUUUUACUUUGAUCUGUUUCCGCAGCCGAAGAUGGCGGAGUUCUCCCCCGUCCUGCCGACCCGGGACCACGGAGGCGGAGGACCGCUCGCCCAGCCCAUCUUCCCCCGGUCCAGGUCCGGUUCCGAGUCAGAAAGCGAACUGUCCCAGAGCCUGGCCCGGACUAAGAUCCGGUCGUACGGCAGCACGGCCACCGUGUCGACCUCUCUGGGGGAGAAAUUCAUCGAGCAUCGGGUUUCAGACGGAGACACCCUGCAGGGGGUCGCCCUGAAGUACGGAGUCACGAUGGAGCAAAUCAAAAGAGCCAACAAGCUUUUCAGCAGCGACUGCCUCUUCCUGAGGACCAGCCUGAACAUCCCCGUGCUGUCCGAGAAACGCUUCGUCUUCAACGGWCUGUCUCUGGACUCCCCCGACGGGGACGGCUCGACGGCGGCGGCUCGGGGCUCGGCGGACACACCCUGCGUCGUGGCGAACGACGUGGAGGAGGAGCCCUCGCCGCCCUCGUCCCCUCCCCCCGAGGACUCCAGACCCCCCGAGCCCGAGGAGCUUUCAGCCAGAGACUUUCUGCACAGACUGGACUUACAGAUCAAACAGUCGAAACAAGCUGCACGCCGGCUGAAGGAGGAGGAAGUGAG